GGCUUAGGGAUUUUCAAGUCCAUACAAGCAUAACAAAAACACACUCUCUCUCUCUCUCCUUCAAGUCCAUACAAACAUAACAAAAACACUCUCUCUCUCCUCUUUUCACACACACAGAGUAGAAAGCUUUAGCAGUCAUCAAAUCAAAGUGAAAGAAGAUGAAGCUGAAACAAUUAGAAAGUCUUCUUGGUUCUCUUCAACAAUUCUCCAAUCCAAAGAUUGAGCUAGAACAAUAUCCUACUGGACCCCACAUUGCUUCUCGUAUGCUUUACACUGCUGAGAAUUCAUUUGAGGAUGUGAACAGUAAGGUGGUUGCAGAUUUCGGAUGUGGUUGUGGUACAUUAGGCCUUGCUGCUGGUCUUUUGGGAGCUGAAAGUAUUAUUGGGCUUGAUAUUGAUGCUGAGUCUCUUGAGAUUGCAUAUGAAAAUGCCGACGAGCUUGAGCUAGACAUGGAUUAUAUUCAAUGCGACAUCAACAGCUUAAAUUGGAGAGGUCAGAUCGUUGAAACAGUAGUUAUGAAUCCGCCUUUUGGAACACGGAGGAAAGGCGCUGACAUGAACUUUCUCUCUUUGGCGAUGAAGGUUGCUUCUCAAGCAGUUUAUUCCUUACAUAAGACCACAACUAGAGAACAUGUGAAAAGAGCAGCCUUGCGAGAUUAUAAUGCAAGAAGUGCUGAAGUUAUAUGCGAGCUUCGGUAUGAUGUGCCACAACUGUACAUAUUUCACAAGAAAAAGGAGGUCGACAUUGCUGUGGACCUCUGGCGUUUUGUUCCUCAAAGAACGCAAGAAAGAUCUCUGUAGUAUUAUGAAAAUAGUAAGUCUACUGAGACGACGAUAUUUAAAGGAAGUAAGAGUAUUUUGAACCAUGUGCGCAUCUGCAAACUACUUUGGCCUCAGGGGCUUAGUUCUAUUCAAUUAUCGAAGGUUGAGGGACUUGUGCCAAACGAACUAAGUCUGAUAUUUAAGUGGAGAAGGGUGCCUUGUUGAGUUUGAUUUUGUUACUUUUUGAUCCUAAAAUUCCACCAGCACAUUUACAAGCCCAAAAUAUCCUAACCCCUUCAUUCAACCCACACACCUACCCUUACACAUUCUCCCUGCACCUACUCCCUCCCCCUGCAAGCAACCACCCCUCCCGCAUGGACGUGAACCUCACCUGGUCACACAGCCACUCCACACCACUGCAGCUGUUGCACGCCCAGCCCCAAACCCCAUAGUUUAUUACAUUGAAUGAUGUAAAUGCUCGUCAUAAUAUUUUUCUACUUACUAAAUAUUCGAGUAAAAAAAUCACUUAUUUUAGGUUUUA